AUGCCUAAAGUUGGUUCAUUAUGGACUGGACGCAUACCUUUCGAGGACACAGAACUGGCAGUCUCGGACAGUGGCGGCUCCGGUACGCCCGUGAUUUACCUAAACGGACAAUUCGCUACCCAGGCUUAUUGGAAAAGAGUCAUCUCCGGCCUCGGAGUGGAUGACUGGAGACAUAUUACAUUCGACGAGCGGGCUCGCGGACGCUCCAAGUCUUCAUGCGACUACUCCUUCGACGCGGCGCUGCGGGAUGUUGAUGCUGUUCUAAGUGGGAGAGGAAUCGUGGCAACAGACAAGGUCCUAGUUGUUGGAUGGUCCUACGGAGCGUAUGUGGCAGCGCAUUGGGCCAGCCAGAAUCCGGAUCGUUGUCUGGGGGCGGUCUUUGUUGACGGGGCUUUUCCGUAUGACUGGCUCGAUGAGGAUAUGGAGAGACGGAUACGAAAGCUAUUCCGUCAGCUGAACUGGUUCAUGCCUCUUCUGCGUCCGACGGGCUUGGUACCACGCAUGACAGGCGAACAACAAGCAAACAGUAACAUAGAGCUCGGCGUCGUCUCAAGCAACGCUAACUUCCUUCCUGUUCUCGACCGUAUUUCAGUCCCAGCCCUUUACGUUGUCGCCUCAGGAGUUUCAUUCGGCAGUCGCGGCAACGAACAAGAACUUUGUCGGAACAGCACGAAGGUCGUAUGCGCACGGAAUUCGAAUAUACACGUGAGCACAAAGGUGGCGAGCGAUCACGGGGCAGUUCUCAAGAAAGACUUUGCGGCGGUUGUUAAUGCCGUCCGCCAGAUUGCAUCCUAG